AUGUCUGUGAAACAGAAUGGGAUCAAGAGCCGACAGGUGGGGAUAUGUUAUCAGUUUUCCGAAUCUGGCCGGUGUAGUUAUGGAGAGUCUUGCAAAUUUCCACAUUUUUCAUCGAACCAAAAGAAAACGGCCCCAAAAUCUCGCAGGAGAGCUCUAGCCGUGGACUUAAAUCUCGUGGAAACCUUCUUCGCGCAGUAUCCGGACUUCAGCUAUCGCAAAGGGAGACCAAUUGUGCAGGAAUUCUAUAGGAUGUGCGACUUCUUUGAGUGGGACAGAGAUGACGACGAAAAAAAGACGGCUCACGAGGACUUCAAAACUGCUAUGGUCCUCACGUUCAACACCCUUUAUGGGACAGAUGUUGACGACAUUGACUCCUGGCACAGAUUAUGCGUUGCUUUGAAUAUUAGUCCGUUACCAAAAGGACUUAGGGAAUGUCGGAGGGCUGUUCAGGGUGUGUAUGUGAACCUCGUCGAUUUAGUGGAUACCAGAGGAGGGCAAGUCGAAAUUUUUGAUAGUCUGGAAGAGUUACAGGAUUAUACUAUUGAAACUGGAAAAUUCUUUCCUAAGGAGUCUGCAUACGCUGGGGGUGUAUUAAAGGCCCUGCUCAAGGAGAUACCCAAUAAACGACGCAGGAGACCAGGUGGCGUCGGUUCAUAUGGAGGUUAUGGUGGGCCCUUCUAAGAAUGAAUGUCUAGU